UACCUGCACUCAUUAUUUUCAAAAUUGUAUUAGAUAAUGGCCUUAUAUUUGAUGCUUUUGGUGCUUCUUGGAAAUUUGUUCAUAUUUCUAAAUAUUAUUGUGAAUCCCUCGCUUGGUGAUGUGCUUAGAUCUGAUUGCAAAAAUGAGGGAAUCUUCAGCAACGUUAUACAAGACAAAGCGCUUGAGAAYAACAUUAUGCGAAGUCUGAUCACUCACACAGCAAUAGAUUGUGCGUUCAACUGUAUUCCAAGUCAGCGGUGCCUAUCAUACAACUAUGCACCAUCUACACAAAAAUGCGAGUUGAGCAAUGAAACCGUARCGACCAAGCCUGGUGACUUUAGGAGUAGGCCUGGUACGACGUACUUCGAUUCUGGGACUAAUGCCUUUUGUAAAAAUGGCGGAACUCCUCAAGCUCAGUGCCUAAGUCAUCAUCUCAUAAUUUGCUCCUGCACAGCGAGGUGGACUGGGGAUGAUUGUAGCUUGCCUAAGAUAGGCGCCGYCAGUUCYUUGCCAGGUCCUUCGUGUCGUGCUAUACGGGAUGCUGGUGACUCAGUAGGUGACGAUGACUACUGGAUGCAGCCACCAGGAGUCAACAAUUCAUUUUCUGUUUUCUGUCACGUUUCUCUUCUUGGUGUGUGGAAAAAGGUAGACCUCUCAUGGUUUCAAAGCACAACAAAGUCGGGUGUCACAAUUACCAAAAGCGAAGUUGACGGGGGAUUGGUCAUAUCUGGCUCAGUWACAAACUAUGGAUGUGCAGGUGGACCUGGCUCGGCUUCUAUCAUCUACAUCAAAGGUUUCUGGACUAAAAUCAGAUACAAACAGAAAUUUAGAAAACWGGCAUCAUGUUGGCGAAUUUUUGGAGACACUGGUUACGACGGUAAAGGUGGUCAUGUUGGAAAGAUCAACCAUGGACUGAUGCCAUUCGAAAAGGCACAAGACGAGAUUAGUAAUGAAUAUUACAUGGGAGGAAAUUCAGGCCACAAAUUCUCUGGUGUAACUAAAAGGUGCGAUAAUAAUGCUAACCACAACUUUUGGCGCUCGACAGCCUCCGACCUCCGUCAUGCAACGGUGACAUUACGAAGAAAUCCUGCCAUUCCUUUAGCUGGAAUAUUCACAGGAACAAGUUGUGGGACACCAACUUACGUCAUUUCAGAUAUUUAUAUUUAUUUUUAGCAAGAGUCGAUGAAGWAGACUAAGUCGACGUCGAUGUCAUUUUUUGUGUUGUUUCGUUUCAUAUUUUGUUCUUUCUUAUUCAUUUUGAAACCUGCAGCACCUGGGAUUCUACCUCAGUAUCUAAUAAUCCGUUUAGUUCACUGCAUUCACUAGAGGACAAGUUGUAAAUAGAAUAUAUUGCUGACGAAUCUUUUUUGCAUUGACAUACUUUGAAUGAUUGAGUGACAAUUUUUAUACAGAACAGUGACACACAUGUAACUUGCAUGAGUCUCAAUUCAAUGGGCAAUCUUAACUAGUUSUACUUACAGGGAUACACCAGCAUUGAAGGUGGUCGUAUUUAAGAUCAGAUUCAUAUGUUGAAAAUGAGUUCAAAUAUGCAUUUGCAAACGGUUCCAGCGGAUUUCUUAGGGAUAGCAAAAAGAAARAGUGUCUGUUUAUAUUAUGAUUUAUUAAUAUUUUCAAACAUAAACAAAAGCUCGAAAAGGAUGCCGUUUGUAUCAUGGAACUUUAGGGAGAUUAAAGUUCUUGGCCAAGUUUGGACCAAAGUUAGUUACUAACUCUGUUUGGACGAAAGAAGACAGGAUGGAUCAUUAAAAAAUCUGGAUUGCAAGUAGAUUUGUUGUUUUAAAUCUUGUAACAAGGUCAAUGUUUUUAGAGUAUAUGUUCCGAGCAGAUCUCACCUUUAAAGAUCAGACUCCAGACUCUAAAGAUGAAAUAAUUCGACAAAGCUCACUAAAUCAUUUGUGUCCAAUUCUUCCUUCGGCUUCAACUGAGGUUGUUUAUUGGCGAGUUUUUCUCGCUCUGACAUUGUAAGUUUAAGAAUUAAAAGCGCCAUUAGCUAAAAUCAAAUGUAGACCCAAUGGGCGCCAUUUUAGUYCWUAUCAACCGUUUGGCGGUAAAGUGCAUGUCGGGUCGCGCGCGUCGCAGAGAGGAUUCACCUCGAGACACAUUGAGAUUCUUGCAGAAAACAAAACUAUUUCAAUCCAUCCGAACCAGUAAUUAGGUGCCCUUUAGAACUCGUCAACUUCGUGUCAAUUAGGCAUAACACUAAUGACAUCACAUGACAGCGAAUUACGAUCAGUAACCGAUGUUCUUGUACGAUUUCAUUGUCUCUUAGUCGGACAAAAAUCUUUAAAUGUAUUAAAAAAAUUGCAAUGACCUUCAGAACACUUCUGUUAGCCUUUUACAUUGUAAAAAAAAAAAUCUCAUAUUCCACUCCAAUGUGUAUCUAGUAGUGUAUUUACUGACAGCUGGUCCAAUCAAUCUAUUGAGGCGAUUAUAAUCAACUGUAUUAAUUCAAGAAGAUAUUCAUAAUUGCAAAAAAUAUACGCUCUAUAAAAAGAGUCUUUUUAUCUAUCUCUCUCUAUUUGAAUAAAAGUUGCUUUCAUAGACCCCUGUAAUGAAAAAAGGUUUCCGAUCGUAUAAAUCUUCCCAGGCACCAUGCUAUCAAUAAUAAAGCUGGGUUGUCGGCUUAGUAUUUAUCUCACUACUUAAUAUAUACCGUUCAAAAUCUAACUUGUUUUUGUUCCUUCUAUUCACUAUAMGUCUUGGACACAUGGCAAAUAAAAGCKA